UUAUUAUUAUUAUUUUUUUAUUCAGUAUUAACAAUAUAAUACAACAACAUCUGUUUAUGCCAGGGCUGAUACACAAAAUACACGCAAUACACAAAAGACAAACAAUAACCAUAAAAUUAAAUAAAAUUAAAAAAUAAAACAAGACCAAAUUACAUAAAAGGAUGCUAAUUAAACAUAUUUAGAGAGUACAAGAUCGUUCUUAAUAGCCUUUCUAUAUUUAAGACCUCUUACAGUGGUGUGAUAUUGUUUUAGCUCUGCAAAAGGUGUUUGGUUUGGACUCAUUUCUUCUUAUGAAUAUGGAAUUUUCCUAAGACUAAAAACAAUUGGACAAAAAAAGAAAAAUCCUUAUAUGUUCCACCAUCUUCAAAGUAAAUAAACACAUCUUUGUGCUGUUUUACUUCAUUUUCCGGGUCAGAACGUCUACGUUUGGUAGUUUCAGCUGUGUAUGGUGUAAAUGCACAAAUCGGAUACGGGUCCCUUUUAAAAGAUGUAAUGCAGAUGUAAUUUUAAAAUGGUGUAAGCAGGUCGUCGAAAAAAUCGGAUAUAGUCAGAAAAUCGGAUUUGGGCAUCAAGACCUGCAGUGUAAAUGCAGCCUUAGACUUUGGUAUGAUUAGCAAUGAUCACCAAUUAGCAAAUUAGCUAACCUAAUGUCUUAAGGCAGCUUAAAACUUGGUCGGAGUAUAUUUCCACAGAGUGGCACUGGAUUUCUCUAAACAGCUUCUUUUUUGUAUUUUGGGCUGGACUUUCUGAUGGCCUUCACUGUUAUUGGCUUUCCACCACACUUAUUGCUCUAAGUUUCAAAUUGAUUCAAAUCUGAAUGAAAAACUUGGCGCAAUAUUUUAAAGAAUAUGUUAUCAGAGAGAAAGCAUUACAAAUAUAUAACAGUUUGAAAAAGACAUUUGACACUAUAUAAUGUGAAGUUAAGACAUUAUGUAAAUGUUCUUUUUGCUUUUUUUUUGGAAAUCCAGGGUGGCAACCAAUAUAGCCAGAAAAGAUAUAUACAUGCGACAAUAGGUGGGGAUCAUCAACAUUUGUUUAUUAGACAUCUAACAGACUGUAAAAAUACAAAAGUUAGAAAACAUAUAUCAAUAGGGUCCACAGGGGAGGAGUUCCUGUGAACCAAUGGCACAAUUAAUCUUUACAUUUUUUUGGUGUUUAUUUGAGUUUUGUGCACUAUACAUCCUCUAAUCAUGAUAAUCCUCAUGUCUAUCAAUUCAUCAUGCAAAGAUGAAGAGAAAAUGGGGUGAAUUGUGUCUAUAGGAUCAAUGUAUGUAGAUUUAAAGCUUUCAUUUUUCAUUUGGAUUUCGAUGUGAAAAGACUUGACUAGACUUGAGGAAGCAUUCAAGAAGUAAAUGGGAAGGACUCUGAAAGAGUGGGCGGUGACUGAACAUGAUAAUACAGGAGAGUUUGAACAGAGAAAGUGAAACUGUCCAUCACUGAGUCCAUCAGAACAGCUACUUCUACAUCCUGAGGUGAUUUAGUUAAAGUUUGAGCGCAUUCAACAUGAGUUUCCAGAUCUACUUUACAGAUGAGUUACACGGACGCGAGAGAAUAAGAGUGUGUGUGUCGGAUUCAGAAGAGGAGUUCAGGAACACCACAGUGGAGGAGUUAAAGAGAAAACUCAUCCCUGGAGACCAGCUUGCAGACACUAUUCUUCACUACUGCUUUUACACACUGGAGGAGAAUCGCACACUGGGUUUCUACGGCGUUCAACACGAGGGUCAUAUUAUCGCAGAGCGCCGUAUAAUUAAACAUGAGGAUGAAUUUACUUCAGGGCGCAAGCAAUGCAGGUGUCCCACAGUUGAGGACACUAUUCUUCGCCACCGCUUCAAGACACUGAAGGAGAAUCGCACACUGGGUUUCUACGGCGUUAAACACGAGGGUCAUAUUAUCGCAGUACGCUGUAGAAGCUCUGUUACAGCGAAACGCCCGUGUGACUCUCUUCCCGUUCAUGGGUCAGCAGUUAAAAAGACUGAACUUGACAACUAUAAUCUCUUGACACUGGAGGAUGAUCACACACUUGGAUUCGGCAUUAAACAUGAGGAUGAGAUUACAGCAGCAGAGACAGCAUCCAGUGGACUCCCCAGUUCACGGACCGCUGAACGGCAUUCAAUGUCCCCACGUAACAGCUGUUAUUUAGAGCGCCGAUCAUGUGGAUUUCAAGUUUCAGGUCUGAAGAGAAAGAUAUAACCAUAUCCAGCACUGAAUCUAUGGAAAUAUGAGCUCUUAUAUAUAAAUGCAUUAAAAUCACACACUUCAUUUGAGUUCACUGCACUCAAAUAAUACCGAAACUUGAAGUGGCUUGAAUGACUGAAAUAGUGAACUCAACCUGAAUGGGUUAUAGAACAUAUGUAGAUCCCAGAAUAAUAAUUGAAUAGUUAAGGUAAUUAAUCAUAAAUUAAGUGACAAUUGAUCAUUAGGGAUGAAUACCUGUUGUUAACAAGCAGAAUCACUGAAGGAAAGAGAAACACAAGAAAUUCAAGGUUUAAGGUCACUGUGAUGGAGGUCAGCGUUUGCUUUAGUUUGGCUCUUGACCCUUAACAUUUGAGUACAAGAUAUUCUGUGGAUGCUAUAAUUGAGUGUUGAUGAAAUAUUUAUUAUCGCACAAUAUUCAAGGAAAAAAGGAUAAAUGGCAAUAAUUUAAUGACUCGAUUCACUGAUCACAUUCAGAGUCUAAUCUCUGAUUACUUUAUUGGUUGUAUUCAAAACUAGAUUCUACAACACAAGCACUAACAAUGUUGUGACUAUCAGAUAGUUUGAAGGAUUUUACAGAAAAUAUAAUUCAUUGGCAAAACUAACAGAUAUCAAGAAUCAGCAAAUGAAUCUCAACAA